UUAUGUUUUUUUCUUAUGUGAAAUUUUGACGCGCGUCAUUUUACUUAUCUUCAUUUUAACCACGAUUUAAGAUGGUCUUAAAUCGUGAUUUUAACCCAACGACGUCUAUUUACCGAGAUAUUAGGAAAUAACAAAAGGAACUAUGUCCAAAUAUCAAUUUUGAUUUAUGGAUUAUGAUCCAAGUCCAAAUAAUGAACUUGGAUCAUUUUGUAAAAUUCUUGUAUAGAAUUAAUAUAAAUUAAUAUGUAUAUAAUAAUAUAAUUGUUACCUAUAUUACAAUUUACAAUAGUAAUGUUAAAAUAUAAUAUUAUAAUAUAUUUUUUUAAAUAAUCAAAAUUAAUAUAGAGAUCAAUAGGGUCCAAUAGGUAGUCAUUGUGUGAUUGAGCAAAUUGAGCAAAUCUGAAAUAUAUCAUUUAAAUCGUAAAAUAAACAAUUAAAGGUACGACGAAAUAGAAAUCCAAAGAUCAAUUCUGAUGCGUCCGGAAAGCAAACUGAUAACUGGAUGACUUUCCUAUCUUUUUCAAAGAUGGAGGACUCUCGAGAAUCGACUCUAAAGAAAAAUGAUGUGAUUGACAGUGCAAGUUCAUCAAGUUAUGUUGAGGGCUGUAAAGACCUAGGUGCUUAUAGUUUGGAAAACACUCAAGUCUCCAAACGCAGUCGUUACUUGUGUCCUGAUACCAAGAUAUGGUCUACGGGACCCUUGAAUACCUAUGUGUAUAAACAUAAGCAAAAAAAAUGUCUAAUGAAUGACAAUUUUGUUAAAUUACCAGAAGAAAUAGUUUUGAAGAUAUUUCAAAUGAUGGACAAACGUACGUUAGUUACAUGUACACGUGUAUGUCAUAAAUGGCGAAGUAUUGCAUAUGAUAAAUCUUUAUGGCAACAAUUAAACAUAUAUUCUCGUAGUAUGAGUAUUUCGACUUUAGAUCAUCUUCUUGCCCGUAAUAUCAAAUACUUUUCUGCUUCUCAUUCAAAUUUUUAUAUUCUUCAAAACCAGUAUUCAUGUAAAACACCAUUUCCCAAGUUGCAGUAUUUAGAUCUGAGUUCAGUAUCUAUGCAUUUUAAGACGCUACGUUCAUUAUUAAGACAAUGUUCUAAUUUGAUAAAACUGAGUUUGGAAAACUGUUCUGUAGAUUCUUUAUGUUGCCAGUACAUUGGAUGCAAUACCAAUUUAAAAGUACUUAACUUAGCAUCGACAGUAGGUCUCAACCGCGAUGGCUUGGAACACAUAGUUUCCCUCCAAAAUUUGGAAGAAUUGAAUGUGGCUUGGGCUAAAUUGGAAGAUGACAGUUUACGAUAUCUGAUUGCCAAUAUGAUCUCAAAUAUAAAAUGCCUUAAUAUUAGUGGAUUUACGUACCAGUUGAAUGACUUUGAUUUGUCAAGGAUGAGUAGCCGUUGUACAAAACUAAUUGAAUUAGAUAUUAGUGACAACCGUAAUAUUACUGCAAGUAGUUUGGACAAAAUCUUAGAGAAAAACCAUAAAUUAGAAGUAUUAACCAUGAAUCGCUGUUUGAACAUUUACACUCCUAGACUUUUAAAUCCAACGGAGAUUAUUAGAAGGAAAAGAAUUUCUAUUAUGAGUUUAAGGGAGGUAAAUUAUAUCCACUUAAAACUCAAUAUAAUAUUUGGGGAUGAAUAUAAUAUUUUAGAUAAUAUCCCAUAUUUGGAUUUGAAAAUACCUAAUAACAUAUGUUCUGGUAUUUGCCGUCCAAAACUGGCUCACAAUGAACAUACCAUUUGGGAAAUCCGUGCUUUCAUAGACUCUUAAUAUUUUACUCUAUAGGUAUGACUAAAGUUCCAUUGCCAAUAUACUGUGAUUAAAGUUAUAAACCAUUAGAAUAGAGAUUACUAUUAUUGAAUAAGUCUGGUAAAAAUGUUUGUUUUCCAAUUUUUAAUUUAAAUAUUUAAAACACAGAAAAUACAGUAGUCACUUGCAGAUAAUUUAAAAUUCAGGGGACAGAGUUAAAAAUUUGAUUUAUAGAGGUUUUCGAUUUUCAUAUAUGCAUUUAUUUUAUGACAAUAUUAUUAUAAAUAAAACAAAUUUAAUGUACUAUGUUAAAAUGAUUAUUGUACUUUCACACUAAAUAUAUUUAAUAAUUAUAUAUUUUAUUAAUGCAAAUCAAAAAUUUAAG